UGCCAUGUAGCCAGGAGCCCGCAGCAUGGUUGAACGUCGGCCCAGAGCUGCUGUGGUCAGAGCCAAUGACAAACAUGAAAGUGUUAUCAAAACUACACCUGYAACAAGCUCUUCACCAAAUUGGUUUGCCACACACACACCAUCAGCAUUUAAUAGCCGCAAAAAUUCGACAAAAGGGAGAGUCCGCUGCCAUAACUGUCAAGGUUGGGGUCAUAUUCAGAAGCAGUGCCCCUCUCGCCACAAAAACACCAAAGCUUUGACAUCUAGCAGCUCCACCUGUGAGACCCAAGGGCCCACUGUGCUCCACCUGAAAGGCCAAAUCCAAGAAAUGAGUAUCCACAUGCGAAUCUAUGAAGUGGAGGUGUGUGCUGUGUUGGACAGGGGGGCACGGAGAAAUGUGGUCGACAUCAACAACCGUCAGGUGAAUGUGGAUUUCCUUGUAGCAGAUAUAGCAGGGGUGGAAGUGCUGUUGGGGCAUCCCUUCCUCACACAAGCUGAAGCCCGCCUUGACUUCGGCAGACACCGCAUCAUCCUGUUUGGUGAAGAAGUGCCCUACUUCCAACCUGAAUCUAACUUAAAGUCACAUGCGGUGAAAAUAUCCAGAACAGUGGUGGUGGAACCAGGACAGGAGUAUGUUGUGAGGGGCCGCAUGCAUCUAAGUGGGACAGCCCGCAGUGAAAUGAUACUUAGCCCCACCAAAGGUUUUAUUGAGAAACACAAAGUACUCCUCGCUAGAGUCUUAGUUAAUCCCCAGACGUCCAAAAUGGUCCCCCUUCAACUCUUUAAUCCUGGCAAUAAAGCUGUGACCAUUAAAGAAGGGUCCAUGGCUGGUCUCCUUCAGCCAGCUGAAGCCAURCGGCCUCCCUGUGUCUCACCAGCCGCAGACUCGGCAGUCAGCUCUCCUGUGGUUCCUCUGCACCUGGAGGAGCUCUAUGUUCAAAGCUCUAAAGACCUCARUGAUGGUGAACGUCUCCAACUUAAACGUUUGCUUUCUACUUAUGGACAUGUGUUCUCUACUGGGGCUGCUGAUUUGGGCCGGACCAACCUCGUCCCGCACGAUAUUGUACUUCGUCCUGGCGCCCCAAUCAAACAACCUCCACGUAAAAUGGCGAAAGAGAAGCAGCAAUACGCCGACCAGCAGAUACAUGACAGCCUGCAGAACGGUCUUGCCCRAAGCAGCCACAGCAGCUGGGCCUCGCCCAUAAUUAUGUUACGUAAGAAGGAUGGAACAUACCGGCUCUGCAUUGAUUACAGGGCUCUCAAUGAGCGAACCAUACCGGAUGCGUAUCCCCUACCCCGCAUCCAGGACACACUGGAUACACUGUCUACUGCCAGAUGGUUCAGCACAUUGGACCUUACCUCGGGAUACUGGCAGGUGGAGCCGACGCCAAGAGCACACAAAGCAGCUGCAUUCUGCGCCAGGACAGGUCUCUUCGAGUGGAAUGUCAUGCCGUUUGGAUUAUGUAACGCCCCGGCGACGUUCCAGUGGUUGAUGGACCGCGUCCUAGCUGGCAUGCAGAGGGAGACCUGUCUGGUCUACCUGGACGACAUCAUCGUGCUGGCGAGGGAUGUGUCAGAGAUGCUGCAGCGGCUUGGCCAGGUGUUUUACAGACUCCAACAAGCUAACCUGAAAUUAAAACCUGCCAAAUGCUGCCUUUUCCGCCAUGAGGUGGCCUAUCUGGGUCACAUAGUGUCCGAACAUGGUGUAGCUACAGACCCCAGUAAGGUCCAAAAAGUCCAAAUGUGGCCCACRCCAUCGUCCAUCCAGGAGGUCCGACGCUUCAUCGGCUUGGCCUCAUAUUAUUGCAGAUUUGUAAAAGACUUUGCAUCUAUUGCUGAACCCCUUCAUAACCUAACCAAGAAAAAUGCUCGUUUCCAGUGGCAUGCUGAGCAACAGGCUGCUUUCGACGAGUUAAAGUGUCGACUUAUAUCAGCCCCCAUUCUCGGUUAUCCCCUGGAUUCCGGUGAAAUGAUACUUGACACUGAUGCAAGUGACACCGGCAUCGGUGCUGUACUGUCGCAAAUGCAGGAGGGUGUGGAACGAGUGUUGGCUUAUGGCAGUCGCAAGUUGGCAAAGCCYGAACAAAACUACUGUACAACAAGACGUGAACUUCUGGCCAUAGUGGAAUUCACAUCCCAUUUUCGUCAGUAUCUCCUCGGUCGGCCGUUUAAGGUGCGUACGGACCACAGCAGUUUGCGCUGGCUGACCAAGAUGAGAGAGCCAGAAGGAAAGUUAGCUCGAUGGCUUGAGAAAUUGGCUGAAUAUGACUUUGAGAUUAUCCACCGUCCGGGUCGACAGCACACCAAUGCCGACAGCCUCUCCAGGAGACCCUGCCGCCAGUCCUGCCCAUGUAAAGUACAGGACUUCUCCACAUCACCCAAAACCAUCAACCAUCAGGCUGUCCAAUGUGAGUUGAACUCUGACACCAGCUCCCUGUUGCUGAGUUCAGUGGGGGUAGAGGACCAACCAUCCAUCACAGAGGUUUGUCCAGUGUGGGUAAGUCAAAACACCCUUACAUUAGAGACUUUAGACCAAAACAUUUCCACUGAUGCAGACAAAAUGCAUCACAAUGUUCAAACUGAUGGAUGCAGUGUGAAAUUGACUGAGAAAAUAUAUGUGGCUAAAACUCUUGACACGGCUUCUUUGUUUCAUGGCUGGACCAUGGGGGAGCUGAGCCAGGCCCAGGAUGCUGAUGUGGACAUUGCACCCAUACGCAGCUGGAUGAAGGCCAGUGAUAAACGCCCUCCAUGGUCUGUUGUCUCGCCGUGCAGCCCAGCCACUAAGACAUACUGGACUCAGUGGAAACGACUCUACUUCAGAGAUGGAGUUCUGGUCCGUCGGUUCUAUUGCCUUAACGACACCCAAUUCUACCCACAAAUUGUGCUGCCACGUAAACUACAACUAGACGUGAUGAGACAGAUGCAUGAGGGGCCAGUGGGUGGACAUUUUGGUGUAGAACGGACGCUGACCAGAUUAAGAACCAGAUACUACUGGUACCACAUGAGGGAGGAUG